AUGGCGGCAACCAACGGGCAGCCGCCCAUCAAGUUGGCUCUUCCUCUCCCCUUCCAGCAAGACAUAUACACCCUCUUGCGUGGUGAGGACGCCCUGGUCGUCCUGGCCCGGGGCCUCGGUCUUCUCAAGAUCGUGACAAAUCUUCUACACUCCUACGAUGCUGCUGGCAACUCGCUCGUCAUCGUGGUCGGGGCGGAGGACCAGGAGAACCACUCUAUCGGAGAAGCGCUGGCUGAAGCCACUGUCAUGAGCCAGUCAUCUCAUGCCAGAGGCUUGAAGGUGAUCAAUACCGACAAAGCAAGCGUCUCAACUCGAGAAAAACUGUACUCGGAAGGCGGUAUUAUAUCUGUCACGACUCGGAUCCUGAUAGUCGAUCUUCUUUCGAAACUGCUCGAUCCAGAAACGGUGACGGGUAUGGUCUUCCUACAUGCGGAAAAAGUAUCGACGACCUCCAUGGAAGCAUUUGUCGCCCGAAUUUUCCGACAGCACAACAAGAUCGGCUUCGUCAAAGCAGUUUCGGACGCACCAGAACCAUUGCAGUCGGGCUAUUCGCCACUAGGCACAACUCUCCGGAAUCUUUUCCUCAGGAAACCCGCCCUCUAUCCCCGUUUCCAUGCUAGAGUGGCUCAGAGUCUCGAGGGCAAGAAAAAGGCGGACGUGGUAGAGCUCGAGAUUCCGAUGACAGACGCAAUGUUCAGAAUACAGCAGGCUGUACUCGAAUGCGUCGAGUUGUGUAUAUCGGAACUUCGAAAGGCGAACUCUGGAGUGGACCUGGACGACUGGAGUGUCGAGUCUGCCUUACACCAGAACUUCGACUCCAAGAUUCGGCGACAGCUUGAUCCUGUGUGGCACAGGGUCAGCUUCCGCACUCGGCAAAUUGCCCGAGACCUGACGACAUUACGAGAAAUCUUGAAUUACUUACUAAGCUACGAUUGUAUAUCGUUAUUGAAGCAUCUGGACACCGUCCGAGCAACGCUUUCUCCCCCUCCUGGGUCUACCAAGCAGAACUACUCGCCUUGGCUUCUGACCGAGACAGCAGAGACCAUCUUCACCGUGGCAAAGAAUCGAGUCUACAGUGGUGAUCGAUCAGAGGCAACAGCAGACGAGAUCUCGACGUCAUUGAGGCCAGUCCUCGAAGAGCAGCCCAAAUGGGCGCUUCUGGCCGAAAUUCUUAGCGAGAUUGAGACAGAAGCAUAUUUCAAUCCCAGCGGAAACAAUCCGGUGCAGACUGUGCUCGUUAUGUGCAACGACCAGCGUACUUGCCGCCAGAUCAAAGAACACCUCCAGACUAUGCAUAUCAAGCCCGAGGCUGACGAUGCCACGAACGGCCGAGCGCCCCACGAGGUAGAACAAGACCAAAGCAGAGGCUCCGCCGAAUGGAUGAUGCGUCGCAAGCUCCGAGACUACCUGCACUGGCGGAAGAACUUCAACAAAGUCCAAUCCGCACUAUUUGACGAGAACCAGAAAUCCCUCGCAGACAUCAAGAACGCCAGCGCCGCGUCCCGACUGAAUGCCAAAGGCGCGCCAAGCAACAAACGAAGGAGAACACGUGGGGGCGGCGUAAUGGGUACCAAUGGCAGUCGACCAGGAACCGACCGAGAAGCACAAGUCGCGCUCCUCCUCGAUUCUCUCCGUCCCGACGAAGCCGAGAAGCGCUCUACCACCGACGAUCCCCUAAUCGACGAUCUGACGACCGCCACCGAAGCCCAAUUCACCCUCUACGAGCCCUCCGACCAGAUCGUCGUACAUCCCUACUCCGGCGACGGCGACGACUUCCUCCUUGAAGAAGUCCGCCCGACUCACAUCAUUAUGUACUCGCCCGCCGCAGACUUUAUUCGGCGCGUCGAGAUCUACAAAUCCUCACACUCAUCCCGGACCAGCCUCCGCACUUACUUCUUCUACUACGAGAAAUCCGUCGAAGAACAGACCUACCUCACCCGCAUUCGUCGCGAAAAGGAAGCAUUUACGCGUUUGAUCACGGAACGCGCCUCCUUGGCCCUCACUAUCCAAGACUCCCACUCCACCUCAGGAGCAACCGACGGCGACGCAUUCCUCCGCACAAUCAACACGCGGAUCGCGGGCGGCGGCAAGCUCGCCGCUACCGCCGCCCCGCCCUGCAUUGUCGUCGACAUGCGCGAGUUCCGCUCCUCCCUCCCGUCCUUGUUGCACGGCGCCAGCAACAUCGUCUUGCCUUGCCAGCUCACCGUGGCGGACUAUGUCUUGAGCCCCACCAUCUGCGUGGAACGCAAGUCCGUGACCGAUUUGAUCCAGUCUUUCAAGAACGGGAGGUUGUUGAAUCAGGCGGAGGCGAUGCUGCAACAUUAUCAACAUCCGUUUCUGCUGAUUGAGUUUGAACAUAACAAGUCGUUCACCCUUGACCCCUUUGCCGAUCUGACCUCGCUCCAAACACUCAAGACACCCGACGCGGACUCGAGGGAUUUGCAGUCGAAACUCGUCCUGUUGACUAUCUCGUUUCCGCGGCUUAAGAUCAUAUGGUCCUCGAGUCCGUUUCAGACGGCGGAGAUCUUUGCGGAGCUGAAGAAGGGGCAGCCGGAGCCGGAUCCGUUGCGGGCGGUGCAGAUCGGAUUGAGUGAGGAGGGCUUGGAAGGACUAGACGAAGAAGAACGCACGUUUAAUAUGGCGCCGCAGGACUUGUUGAAGACGGUGCCGGGAAUUAACAAUAAGAAUGCGACGAGACUAACGUUGGAGACGAAGAAUGUGAUGGAGGUGGCAAAUAUGACGGAGCGGCAGUUGGAGCCGUUGGUUGGGAAGACGGUCGGGAGGCAGGUUGUUAGGUUUUUUGGAAGGCAGGUUUGGGGCGAUGAGGAGGGGGAUGGGGGAGAGGGGGACGGAGACGAUGGAUGA